AUGUUGCAAAGUAUCUUCAAUUCUGUGGCGCAGAUAGCUCAAGGGCGCGCCGUUUCGGACUUGCCGGGGGCCCCGAAUGCUAUUGCUACUGCCCUGACCAUACUAUCGAUUCAUCUGCUUGGCCUAGCAGUAUACCGAGCCCUCUCGCUAAGUUUCCUGGACCUAUCCUGGCGAGUGAGUCUCGGCAUUGAUAACUUCUGCCUUGCCUUUCUCACGCUGUUAGGUUUGACAACAUGGUAUAUGGCCUAUUAUGACCUCCUCUACGACGGUUACUUUUUCAAAAAAGUUCAGGACCUUCAUCGUCAAUAUGGACCCAUCGUCCGUAUUACACCCCAUGAAGUACACAUCAGCGACCCUGAGUUUAUCAAAGUUCUUUUCACUGGAAAUCUCAAAAGGCGAGACAAGUCCAAAUGGCUUGGUCGAAUGCUUGGCCUCCCAGGAUCAGUUGCUUCUACAAUCCCCCACGAGCUGCAUCGUCAGCGGCGUGCCGCGAUGCAACGAUUCUUCUCCAGGUCUAGUCUCCGACGCCUCGAACCGGCUAUUCAGCGAAGCCUGAAGAAUUUAUUGGAUCGCCUGGACGCAUGCGGGCGGCAGGAUGACAUUCUGAGCAUGAAUGUACUUUGCAAGGCGGCUACCUGUGACAUAAUUACGGAGUAUGCCUUUGGGCAAUCGACUGACUAUCUACAUCGAGACGAUUUGAAUGUUGGCUUUUUCAAAUCCCUCGACGCCAACUUCCAGACUGCGUGGUACAUGGCCUACAUUCCGUUGGUGGGCCUAUUUCUGCAGCGCAUGCCGCCGUCUAUCAUGGGGGUUUUAUAUCCCGGACUGAAAUCUUUGCGGUUAAUGCAUGAGCAAUGGUCGAAGCGCAUAGAAGAGAUCCGCCGAGAGGUUGAUUCCCACAGUGAUCAGGACGCCAGUGUCUUUCAUGGUAUCCUCACGAGCAACCUCCCAGCGCAUGAGAAAUCAGUGGAGAGACUGCGACAGGAAGCGCAAAUACUCGUUCAGGCAGGGCAAGAUACGACUGCAAACUCUGUAGCAUAUAUUACAUACGUGUUGCUGCACAAUCCCAUUAUUUGUCGCAAGCUCAAGGCAGAGUUGACAGACGCACUUCCGGAUCCUGACCAAGUCCCUUCUGCCGCGGUGGUUGAAAAGUUGCCGUAUUUGAAAGCCAUCAUCCAGGAAACCCUUCGGCUGUAUCCCUCUGCCAUUGUACGUCAGGGUCGGGUGGCACCAGAUGCAGAUCUCGUCUAUGCGAACCAGAAGACGGGCGAAAAAUGGGUCAUUCCUGCAGGUGUUCCCAUGAUGAUGACACCAAUUCCCGUUCACCAAGACCCAGAAUAUUUCCCCGAACCAACACAAUUUAACCCUGAUCGAUGGCUGGACAGUCCGCACCUGGAUCAAUAUUUGCUGACGUUUUCGAAAGGGACACGCGCAUGCAUCGGCGUCGAUCUUGCAUAUACGGAAUUAUUUAUGCUGGUCGCGGGAAUUUUCCGCAAAUAUGAUAGGUACGAUGGAUCAGGGAAGCAGACAGUCCCGACGCUGGAGCUAUACGACACAGUGGCGGAGCGCGAUGUUGAACCGAGUCGAGAUUUCAUAAUUACCUUCCCACAAAAGAACAGCAAAGGAGUUAGAGUGAAGAUAAGACAGUGA